AUGGAGAAAAGUUAUUAAAAGCAAUAGAAACUAUCCCCUCAACCAAAGAAAAGAUAAAAUGUCAUGUCACAGAGGGUAGGAAACCAAGGUUAAUUCUCAUCAAUGUCCCUAACUCUGUUGAUAAUAAAAACUUACUUGAGACAAUGUAUAAUCAAAAUGGUAUUCUGGAACAAAUCAACAAAGACGAAUUUAUAGAGAAAUGUAGGAUUAGUAUAGCCAUUUUCAAAGGAAAUAUAAAAGAGAAAUGCCGACAUGUGGUACUUUCUGUCGCAUCAAACAUCAGAAAUAUACUAAUUCAACAUAGAUAUAUAUCGCUUUCAUGGGUGAAUGUCAAACUAGAUGAUUAUGUACCUGUAAUCAGAUGUUUCCAGUGUGCAGGCUUCAAUCAUAUGGCGAAAGAUUGUAGAGAAAAGACAUAUUGUAGUCACUGCACUAAAAAUCAUAGAUAUAACGAGUGUAAUGAUAAACAGAAUACACCCUGCUGCAUAAAUUGCAUAAAACAUAAUAGAGAUCAGCCAAUGACAAAAAAGGUUCCAACUAAUCACAACGCAUAUGACAAAACUUGCCCAAUACUACAAAAACUGAGAGCACAGAAAAUAAAACAGAUGGAUUAUGGCAUCUACGGGAUUCUGCAAACAAACAAGUACUGUACAUCUUUACAAAACAGUAGUUCUGGGACACUAUUUCAAGGAACAAACAUUAAGGUGCUGCAAAUCAACACAGAAAAAUGCAAAGCAGCUUCAUCUCUUCUAAUAAAUACAGUGACUGAAAAGAAAAUAGACAUUGUGGUUCUUCAAGAGCCAUACACAUUGGAUGGAGGAAUCAUCCGUUUCAGCAAUUGGAAGGUUUUCCCUCCUAAAGGACUAUACAAUAAACCUAAAACAGGGAUCCUCUCCCCUCAGAGAUCUAAACAUGGAUUUUUACCCAGUUCUAAGCAAAGAGAAUAUAACUACAGUACAGAAUUCCAUGAAUAAUACUUCUUUAUACAUUACUUCUAUAUAUUGUUUGCCGGAUGAUGACAUUCUAGAACUUCUUACAAACCUGGACAUCAUUAACAAGCAAAUAAACAAUUCACCAUGGAUCUUAGCAGGGGAUUAUAACGCUAAGUCUCCAACAUGGUUCAGCCCAGUGGAGGACAUUCGGGGCAGAAAUCUAAUAGAUUUUAUGGCAAGCAAUAAUAUGGUUUCUUGUAACACUAGUAACUUACCAACUUUUUUCUCCAAUAGGGGAGAAAGUUGGGUGGAUGUAUGUGUAGCCAAUCAAAAUGCGAUCAAAUACAUGGAUAAAUGUGAGAUUGUGGAUGACAUCACUGCAAGUGACCACAGAUACAUCAUAUGGAACCUUACAAAUACUCCUGUGCAACAUACUGAUAACAAUAUCAAGAAACAUACAGAAUGGAAUACUUUUAAAAACUACUUCAGCAACCUAUGGGCCACACAGCAAAUAAAUAACAUAACAGAUAUUGACAUCUUAGCUGAACAUCUCAACAGUUGUAUCAUACAAGCUUAUAAUCACUCUAUGACUUAUAUGCAAGU